AAACGUCACCUCCUUCUUCCGGGUGUAUGUAGCCUUUAAUAAAGGUUGAAGUUGAGGUGGAAGUGGUCUCAUUUCUUUCCAAGCGAAGUUCACCUCAUUUUUACUGUCGCAGUGGGAUGCACACAGUUGGAAAACUCAUGAAGGUUUUCGUGACGAGACGCAUCCCGCAGGAGGGAAUGAAGAUCCUGUCGGCAGCUGGAGUGUGUGAGGUGUCUCUGUGGGACUCAGAGGAGCCAGUGCCGAGGACCGAGCUGCUGAAGGGGGUGCAGGGGGCUCAGGGGCUGCUGUGUCUGCUGUCAGAUAAGAUAGACACUGAAGUUCUGGAUGCUGCAGGCCCAAACCUGAAGGUGAUCAGCACACUCUCAGUGGGGUUUGACCACUUGGAUCUUGAUGAAAUUAAAAAACGCGGUAUACGUGUUGGAUACACUCCAGAUGUUCUGACUGAUGCCACAGCAGAACUGACGGUGGCUUUGCUUCUGUCCACUGCUCGCAGAUUACCAGAAGGGGUGGAGGAGGUCAAAAAUGGAGGCUGGAGCUCAUGGAAGCCUCUCUGGUUGUGUGGUUAUGGUCUGUCUGGCAGCACAGUAGGAAUCAUUGGACUGGGGCGCAUAGGCAUGGCCAUUGCAAAGAGACUAAUGCCGUUUGGAGUAAAGAGGCUGCUCUACUCUGGAAGAACAGCAAAGGCAUACGCUGCUGAGGUUAAUGGAGAGUUUGUACCUUUGGACACACUGUUAUCUGAGAGCGACUUCAUCAUUGUUUCCUGCUCCCUGACGCCAGAAACUCAAGGUCUGUGUGACAAGGCCUUCUUUAGCAAGAUGAAGAACACUGCGGUCUUUGUCAACUCAAGCAGAGGAGCAGUGGUGAACCAGGAGGAUCUGUACCAGGCUUUGAAGAAUGGACAGAUUGCUGCCGCAGGUCUAGAUGUGACAACACCUGAGCCCCUUCCAACAAACCACCCCCUCCUUACACUAAAGAACUGUGUGGUGUUGCCACACAUCGGCAGUGCCACCUACUCCACAAGAGGCAUCAUGUCGGAUUUGGCAGCCCGUAACCUUCUGGGUGGUUUACAGGGCACAGAUAUGCCCAGUGAACUCAAAUUUUAGAGCCUUAUUCUCAGCUGCUGUUCCCACCUCAACCUCUGGGGCUGCCUAGAAAGUAACAGUCUGAAAAGUAUUCAAAGGAUAAAAACAUAUUCAACUGCAAAAAAAACCCAAAAAACAGAGAAUACAAAGUUCAGUGUCCCAGUUACAGUUUAUCUGUCAAGAAUGAAUCACAUUGUCACAAUUAUUUCACGAGAAGAGGUAAAAAUAUUUUAUUCCAACUUUAUAGGCAACAGUGUAUAAAGCUUCACUCCAUCCUUUUACAGGAACUAAUUAACGCACAAGUAAUAUAGAACUCAGGAAAAUAAUUGUAAGUAGCAAAUGAAUAAACUAAAACCCUCCCAAGUUCUUACUAAAAUCUACAAGUGUUAAAUGUUCUGUGGAUUGCAUCUAACAAACAGAAAUUUCCUGCACUAUUUUUUUCUCCUGCUAAAUGUGAUAGUUGCCAGAAAGGUUUCCAUAUUAAUACUUGAUCUGCAUUUUUGUACUGUUGCAAAACAAUAAAACACUCCAGCCUCUGAGAA